UAGGCCGUCAUUGUAAAUAAUCAUUUGUUAUCAUCCCGCACAGUAGGUGGCAGGAUGUAUAUUACAUUGUGCGAUCGACAAUAUACCAUAGAAAAAGAAAAAGAAGAAGAAGAAAAAAGAAAAAAGAAGAAGAAGAUGAAGAAGAUGAAGAAAACAAAGAUGGCAAUUCAGGAAACUGUUAGCGGACGUUAGAGAAAUUGUCACCUGAAACUCGAUGAGUUGAGCGGCACAAAAACCUUUAUUUUGAUAAACGUCCCCUUCGAUUUAUUAACACCUGAUUUUAAUAACCAGAAACGAAACAAAAUGCCUUCUCCUAAAACCAAAAACAGUGCAAAUCGCAGCGCAGGUGGAAGCGCAGGUCUCAGUGGCAGCACCAACGGCAACGGACGCUACGAGUUCAUGUCGCUGAACCGAACCCCUCCACCCACUCUCCUCCAACGGCAGGGUUCCGACCCAACCGCUGCAGCCAGACUGCGGGCAUCUGAGAGCCCUACCCGGCGAAGGGGCUCCGGGUCCUCCACCUCCUCCAACACAGGCAUGCCCGAAGAGGAUUGUAUGCGGCUCAACCCUUCAUUUAUCGGGAUAGCCCUCAGCUCCCUCCUCGCCAUAGACCUGUGGCUUUCCAAGCGGCUGGGGGUGUGUGCCUGUGAAGAUUCCUCCUGGGGCAGCGUUAGACCAUUGAUGAAACUGAUAGAGAUUUCUGGACAUGGAAUACCAUGGCUGGUCGGGACAGCCUACGGCCUGUACAAGGCUGACAGUGCAGCAGGACAGGAGGUUAUGCUAAACCUCUUCAUGGCUCUCAUUAUAGACCUGAUCCUGGUUGGCAUCGUGAAAGCUGUCGUCCGUCGGCGCCGCCCGUCCCACAACCGCAUGGACAUGUUCGCCACCUUCUCCGUGGACCGCUUCUCCUUCCCCUCGGGGCACGCCACCCGCGCAGCCAUGUGUGCCCGCUUCUUGCUGGCCCACCUGGUCCUGGCCGCACCCCUCAGGGUGCUGGUGUUCUUGUGGUCUGGUCUGGUGGGGCUGAGCCGGGUGCUGCUGGGCAGACACAACGUGACCGACGUGCUGUUUGGCUUCCUAAUGGGCUACUGGCAGUACAACCUGGUGGAAAUGCUCUGGGUGUCAUCACUGGGCCUUCAGGGGCUGCUGGGACUCAUCCAGGGGUGAGGAUGAGGAGGAUGAGGAGGAGGAGUGGAUAUUGAGAUGGGUUAAAGAGGGUGUGGUUGGUGGGAGAUCCUGUCUCAAAAUGUUUGAAACAUUGACUGAUCCUGCCCCAUACUGACACUGUGGUAACUCAUCAUAUCAAGACUAACAACGGCAACAACAAUGGCUGCCACCCACUAAUCAUCCAUCCACAUGGAACUGCAAUCAGAAGCACCUACAGUAGGAGCAGGAUGCUCCUCUACACUGCAUCACAGCACUGCUGCAAAGACCUGGAACCCUUUCCACUCUACUGUAAUUCGCUGUUGGAAAAAAAGUGUGUGUGGAAUAUUAAUGUGGUCUAAUAAGCCGGGGGGGGGGGUAGUGUUACCCCCAAUACAGUCUUCUGUUCUUCUUCCAGCUUUGGGGCUCUGCAGUGAUAUGAGAGAAAGAGAGACGUGUUCUUUUAGAGGGGAAAAUGACAGCAAUAGAUUAAAACUUAAAUUGAUUAUGGUGUCUGCGGGUCGCUCUGAAAAGAGCAUAUUUUAUGGAGGAUUCAUUUUGUAUUGACUUAUUUUAAAAUGUUACGGUAUGUAAGGCUGAAAAUUGAAUGGUAUGUCUUUUUUAUUUCCCACUGUGAAAUAUACACUGAACAAAAAUAUAAACUCAACAAUUUCAGCGAUUUUACUGAGUUCAUAUAAGGAAGUUAGUCAAUUGAAAUAAAGUCAUUAGGCCCUAAUCUAUGGAUUUCACAUGACUAGGCAAGGGCGCAGCCAUGGGUGGGCCUGGGAGGGCAAUGCCAGGGUUCCUUAACUGGCGGCAGGCGGAGACAUUUUAUCCGCGGGUGGUUUUAUUUGUCCCCCUAAGUUUUCUGAGCAAUUGUUUUUUGAAUUUUCAUUGUUGGAUAUAAAAGACUGUAAAAAAAAAAAGGAAAUCAGCCCCAAGUGAUUUUAAUUGAAGAAAUUUGUUCCCAAGUAUUCCCACGCAUAAUAGAGAGACGUGAUGUUAUACAAAUGUAAGCAAGGUUUGAAACAAUUAUGUUUUAGUCAAACAUAUCUGUUUAGUCAAUUUGCAGUCUACAAAUGAUUUGUAAUUGUGUUCCGGCCCGCCGACCAUUCGCUUCAGGAAAAAAAACAACCCCCGGCUAAAUCUAGUUGAUGAACCCUGGCAUAGGCUCACACACAAGGGAGCCAGGCCCACUCACUGGGGAGCCAGGCCUAGCCAAUCA